AUGCUCUACCUGGUUGCUCUCCUCUUGCACUGUCUCCCCUUGGCCAUGGGACAGUAUGACAUUUGCAAGUCCUGGGUGACCACGGACGAUGGCCCGUCAUGGGAGUUUUAUGCUUGUCAACCCAAGGCCAUGCGGAUGAAGGAUUAUGUGACAGUACGGGUGGAUCCGGCAGGAAUCACUUGUGGGGACCCGCCGGAGAGGUUCUGCACCCAUGAGAACCCAUACCUGUGCAGCGAUGAGUGCGACGCCUCCAACCCGGACCUGGCCCACCCGCCGAAACUCAUGUUCGACAGCGAGGACGAAGGGCUGGCCACGUACUGGCAGAGCGUGACGUGGCGCCGGUACCCGGAGCCGCUGCUGGCCAACAUCACGCUGUCCUGGAACAAGAGCAUCGAACUGACGGACGACAUCGUGAUAACCUUCGAGUACGGCCGGCCCACCAUCAUGAUGCUGGAGAAGUCGCUGGACAAUGGGAGGACUUGGCACCCGUACCAAUAUUACGCAGAUGACUGCAUGGAGGCCUUCAGCAUGCCAGCACGGAGGGUCCGGGACCUCUCCACCACCAGUGCCAACAGGGUCCUCUGCACGGAGGAGUAUUCCCGCUGGGCGGGCUCCAAAAAAGAGAAGACCGUCCGGUUCGAGGUGAGGGACCGCUUUGCCAUCUUUGCUGGCCCUGACCUCAAGAACAUGGACAACUUGUACACCCGGCUGGAGAGUGCCAAAGGGCUCAAGGACUUCUUUACCGUGACCGACCUGCGGAUGAGACUGCUGAGACCGGCCCUGGGGGGCACCUACGUGCAGAGGGAGAACUUGUACAAGUACUUCUAUGCCGUCUCCAACAUUGAAGUCACCGGCAGGUGUAAAUGCAACCUCCACGCUAACCUGUGCACCUUCAAAGAGGGCAGCCUUCAGUGCGAGUGCGAGCACAACACCACGGGGCAGGACUGCGGCAAGUGCAAGAAGAACUUUCGCUCUAGGUCUUGGCGAGCAGGAUCCUACCUGCCUCUCCCCAACGGGUCCCCCAACGCAUGUGCAGCUGCAGGCUCAGCCUUUGGCAACUGCGAGUGCUACGGCCACUCCAACCGCUGCAGCUACAUCGACUUCCUGAACGUGGUGACCUGCGUGAGCUGCAAGCACAACACGAGGGGCCAGCACUGCCAGCACUGCCGCCUCGGCUUCUACCGCAACAGCUCGGCGGAGCUGGAUGACGAGAAUGUAUGCAUAGAAUGUAACUGCAACCAGAUCGGCUCCAUGCACGACCGCUGCAACGAGACCGGCUACUGUGAAUGCAAAGAAGGCGCCACGGGGCCCAAGUGCGACGACUGCCUGCCCAACUACUACUGGAGGCAGGGCUGCUUCCCCAACGUCUGCGAUGACGAGCUCCUGCUCUGCCAGAACGGCGGCACCUGCUACCAGAACCAGCGCUGCGUCUGCCCCGUGGGCUUCAAGGGGGUCCUGUGCCAGCAAUCCAGGUGCGAAGCCGACAAAAAGGACUGCGACGGUGCCCCCAGCGCCUGCGGCAGCCUCGGCACCGUCCUCCUCGGGGUGCUCGCCCUCCAGCUGCGCGGCUGGGUGGACCUCUGA